ACCAUUGAGAAUCCAUAUCCCUUUAUUCGCAUUAUUUCUAUAGCCAUAGAUAUUCUAUUAAUUUUAUCGUAUAUGUACCCCUUUUUAUCUGGACUGAAGGUAAAUUGAUUCUCCAAUCCUGAAGAUACUUGCAUGAUCAACACAAUGGAAAACAAUGGAUAUGCUCAAUUUGAGAGAAACCCUUCCCUUUUGCCGGGAACGACAUUAGAAAAAACGCAAAAAACUAAAAAAUAUAUAGAGCACUAUUACAAGGUAGCAGUGGAACAUGCUGUAGAAAGAAAUCAACGAAGAAUUGAGCUUGAACGAAAGUUAACGACGGAACGUGGUUCUGAUGAAAGAAAAAACAGACAGCUAAGAGCGUUGGGAGAGAGGGAAUCACAGUUUUUGCGUUUUCGAAGGACGAGGCUCUCGCUGGAAGACUUUGCGACUAUUAAAGUCAUUGGAAAAGGUGCUUUUGGUGAGGUGCGAUUGGUACAAAAGCGGGAUACUGGAAAAAUUUAUGCUAUGAAGUCUUUGUUGAAAACUGAAAUGUUUAAAAGGGAUCAAUUAUCUCAUGUCAAGGCGGAACGGGAUUUGCUUGUAGAAUCAGAUUCUCCCUGGGUGGUUUCCCUUUAUUUUUCGUUUCAAGACUCUCUCUACCUUUACCUCAUUAUGGAAUUUUUACCCGGAGGGGACUUAAUGACUAUGCUGAUUAAUUAUGAUACCUUUUCAGAAGAUGUAACUCGCUUUUACAUGGCUGAAUGUGUUUUAGCUAUUGCAGAUGUUCAUCGAAUGGGAUACAUUCAUCGUGAUAUUAAACCAGACAAUAUUCUCAUUGAUCGUGACGGCCAUAUCAAAUUAUCUGAUUUUGGUUUGUCCACUGGAUUCUAUAAACAGGAUCAAAGUGCUUCUUAUAUGAAACCUCCCAAAAGCGGCAAUACCUUAAAGAGAGGACAAAUGGUAGACUCUAUUUGGCUAACCAUGUCUUCAAAAGAUAAAAUGGCUACUUGGAAAAUGAAUCGCCGUGUUAUGGCGUAUAGUACUGUCGGUACUCCCGAUUACAUUGCACCAGAGAUCUUUUUACAGCACGGUUAUGGUCAGGAUUGUGACUGGUGGAGUUUGGGUACCAUUAUGUUUGAAUGCUUGAUAGGAUGGCCUCCGUUUUGCAGUGAAAACUCACAUGAAACCUAUCGUAAAAUCAUUAAUUGGAGAGAAACCUUAAAUUUUCCCAACGAUAUCCACCUUAGUGCUGAAGCCCUAGACUUAAUGAAUUGUCUUAUGACUGAUUCAGAACAUAGACUGGGUCGUGGUGGUGCCAUCGAAAUUAUGCAGCAUCCCUAUUUCAGUGGAAUUGAUUGGGAUCACCUUCGUGAAAGCCCCGCUCCAUUUAUUCCUUCUUUAAGAUCGAUCACUGACACUCAUUAUUUCCCGGUGGAUGACUUGUGUCGAGUUCCCGAUCAGCCUGUUGCAACCCCAGAAGCAAAUGUGGAUCCAAGGACUCUCGAACAAACAAAUAUGGCCUUCCUGGGAUAUACUUAUAAAAAAUUUAAUUACCUCACUAUGAAGGGAGCUCUUUAAAAAGAAAAUACCCAAGAUUUGUUAUUCUGUUAUCUCAUUGCAUAUAAGGAUUGGAAGGACAAGACUGAAAGAAAGACUUAUUCUUACUUCCACAUUUGAUGAAUUAAUCGACGUUUUUGCUAUUAUAAUAAACAUUGUAUUAAGGUAUGUACUAAGAAAUAGAAACUUUUGUAAAAAAUAAGACUACAUUGAAGUGAAACCCGAC